AUGCAACGGCCGGGUACUGUAUCACGUGUUGGAUUUUGCGAGGUGAUUGCGUAUGUGGACGAUUUGAUUGUUAUGGUCCCGGAACUGGACGACAUUAAAUUGGUGCGCGACGGACUAAAGGAACAGUUUGAAAUCAAGGAAGUUGGUGAGUUGCGCUAUUGUUUGGGCAUAGAAGUGCGACGCGACCGUGCCUCACACACAUCGGAGCUAAACCAACGCGGUUAUAUUCGUGAGAUUACCGAACGUUUUCAACCGAUGCCCCAUUGA